AUGAACGAACCAACAAAGCCAAUUGAGCUUCCUGAUUCCAUGCCGAGACCUACAGAUCGAUCUAGAUGAGCCGGCACCAUUUACGUACAGCAUUUCAAUGCACAGCCCUCUUUCUGUUGAUCUCCUCGGCCGCCAUUAUCGUCUCUGUGAUCACCUCCAAUGCUUCCAACGGCCUCCCCUUGUUCUCUCUUCCUUCUUCCACCUGGUCAUGGACCGCCGGCGCCGCCAUCCCCGCUACCCUCUCCUCCGCCCUCACCUUCCACCAAGAUGUAGAGAAGUCUGGGUUGAGAGGAAGAACAAAGAAGAGGGAUGAGAAGCUGGAGAAGGUCGAAGCGGGACUGGCAAGAGCCAGAGCUUUGAUCAGAGAAGCCAUGGCGGAUCGGAGCCGGUCGUCGCCUCUCAAGGAUCCCGAUUUUGUUCCAGAGGGAGAUCUCUAUACUAAUCCGUAUGCUUUCCACAGAAGCUACCAGCUAAUGGAGAGGAUGUUCAAGAUCUACGUCUACGAAGAAGGAGAGCCGCCGAUCUUCCACACCGGGCCCUGCAAAGACAUAUACUCCAUGGAAGGACUCUUCCUCAACUUCAUGGAAUCCGACACCCACUUCCGGACGCCCGACGGCGACGCCGCCCAUGUCUACUACCUGCCGUUCAGCGUCGUCAUGAUCCUUGAUGCCCUCUUCGACCCCGUCGUCCGCGACAAGGCCGUCCUCGAGCGCACCGUCGGCGGCUACGUUCGACUCGUCUCCGGCAAGUACCCCUUCUGGAACCGCAGCCUAGGCGCCGACCACUUCAUGCUCUCUUGCCACGAUUGGGGGCCGCGCGCGACUUGGUACGUUCCGGAGCUGUAUUUCACGUCGAUUAGGGUUUUAUGCAACGCCAACACCUCCGAGCAUUUCAACCCUAGAAAGGACGCCUCGAUGCCGGAAAUCAACCUCAAGACCGGCGAAAUCCGCGACCUCACCGGCGGUCAGCCGGCCUCCAACCGCACGAUCCUAGGCUUCUUCGCCGGCCGACCCAACGGCAAAAUCCGGCCGGCGUUCCUCAAGCACUGGGAGGAGAAAGACGACGACCUUCUGGUCUUCGAAAGUCUCCCGGAAUCCUUUUCCUAUCCGGAGAUGAUGAAGAAGAGCAAAUUCUGCAUCUGCCCGAGCGGCUGGGAAGUUGCGAGCCCCAGAAUCGUGGAGGCGAUCUACGCCGAGUGCGUGCCGGUUCUGAUCUCACAGAAAUACGUUCUCCCGUUCAGCGAUGUUCUGAACUGGGAUUCGUUUUCCGUUCAAGUUCCGGUGGACCAGAUUCCGAAUCUGAAGAAGAUUCUGCUCGAGAUUCCGGCGGAUCGGUACUGUAGGAUGCAGGAGAAUGUGAAGAAGGUGCAACGGCAUUUUCUGGUGAACGAUCCGCCGAAGAGAUACGAUGUGUUUCACAUGAUUAUUCAUUCGAUCUGGCUUCGGAGAUUGAAUGUUCUUGUUUAUAGUUGACGAUGGAGUUGAAGAGCAUGACAUUAGAAUCAAACAAUAGGAGCAGAGCAGAACAGAGCAGAGAACUGAAAGGCAUUUUUUAUCAUAGGUUUUGCAUUAUUUUUGUUUCCCUUUGUUGUUUCAGAACAAAAACUUAAUGAAAUUAUACUUUUAAGACCAA